UGCCUGAAAGAAAACAGGAAAAAUUUUCAGAUAGUUUCAGUUAUGUUGGACGUAACUUGGGAAACAUAUUUAGGUCAUGUUAUUGCCACACUAAACAGCAAAUAGCAGUGUCAGUUGCUUUAUUUAGCACUACCAACCCCACCUUGGAUUUAAACGUCUUAACUAUAAGACGUUUAGGAGAGGUUAAUGCCUCCCUGCUUCCUCCACGUGACUGACGCUGAAGUCAAGAGUCCAACAAGAAACACAGCAUGGAUCAAAUGUAUGCACACUGACUGCAAAGCACACACUAAUAUAUAUUGAUCCCAGUCAGACCUUUGCAGGUCUAAAUGUUUCAAAAUGGUUACCCAUACAAAUACGUAUAUAUGAGGCUCUAUGAUGACAGGAAAUACAGUUCACAUUGUUUUCCUGAUGUGUACACACCGUAGCUGUAGAAUCAGUUAUAUAGAGAGUUAUAUAGUGUACUUUCUUCAUACACACAAUAUACUCUAUACUAGUGACACACAUUUAUGUAAAUGGUCAAAUCAAAUCAAUGACUGAUGAGAUCAAUGACUUACUGAGCCAAUGUAUAUGAGUAAGUUUAUUUUUCUCUUUUUCUUUACAUCAUUCACUAUUGCCCUUAUUACGAUAAUUGGAUAGGCUGGCCAAUCAGGAAGAGGCAUCUUCUAAGUCAGGGGUUUAAGCAGAGGGAAUUAAAGGGAGGAUCUCUGCUGGACAGAGCUGCUGAAUUGAGUUGAACCUUGAGAGAGUCUCACUGAUCACCUAAUCGAAAGAGGCCAACAGAGCCAGGAAAGCUCAAGCACCUCCCUCCCAAUCCGGCAUCCGCUCGGAAAUCGCCUUUCAGCUCGAUUAGGGUUGCAACCAGAUUCUCUGCUCGCCUGCUCACUGAGAACCGUCAAAAUUUCCUACCUUGAGGAUCUUGAGUUUGAGGAGGAAGAAAGCAUGGGUGCGGGAGCAAGCGCCGAGGACAAAAAGUCCAAGGAGUUGGAAAAACAACUCCAAGAAGAUGCUGAUAAGGACUCUAAAACCGUCAAGCUAUUACUGCUUGGUGCUGGUGAGUCAGGGAAAAGCACCAUUGUAAAACAAAUGAAGAUUCUGCAUCAAGGUGGUUACACAAAAGAGGAACAAUUGGAGUUCAGAGCAGUCAUCUUUGGCAACAUCCUGCAGUCUACUCUGGCUAUCAUCAGAGGCAUGGAGAUAUUGAGCAUUGAUUUUGGAUCGGCCGCUACACAGGAGAAUGCACAGAAGCUGCAGAACUUGUCAGACUCCAUUGAAGAAGGCACAAUGCCUGCUGAGCUGUCUGAUGUCAUCAUGAAGCUGUGGAAAGACUCUGGUGUGCAGGCCGGCUUCGACAGAGCUGCGGAGUACCAACUCAACGACUCUGCUGGCUACUACCUCAAUGAAAUGGACCGAAUCAGCAAGCCAGAGUACCUCCCCACUGAGCAGGACGUGCUGCGAUCUCGAGUCAAAACAACUGGUAUCAUUGAAGAACAGUUUUCCUGCAAAGAGUUGUACUUCAGGAUGUUCGAUGUGGGUGGCCAGAGGUCAGAGAGAAAGAAGUGGAUCCAUUGCUUCGAGGGUGUGACCUGCAUCAUCUUUUGCGGAGCUCUCAGUGCAUACGACAUGGUGCUGGUAGAGGACGAUGAAGUGAACCGCAUGCACGAGUCCCUCCAUCUAUUCAACAGUAUCUGCAACCACCGAUUCUUUGCACUGACCUCCAUCGUGCUUUUCCUCAACAAGAAGGAUCUCUUUGAAGAGAAGAUCAAGAAAGUCCAUCUGAGUAUCUGCUUCCCAGACUACGAUGGCUGCAACUCGUACGAAGAUGCCGGCAACUACAUCAAGUCGCAGUUCUUGGAACUGAAUAUGAAGAAGGGCGUGAAAGAAAUCUACUGCCACCUGACCUGUGCCACAGACACAAGGAACGUUGAGAUUGUGUUCAACGCUGUGACAGACAUCAUCAUCAAAGAAAACCUUAAAAGUUGCGGUCUCUUCUAA